GCUGUGUUCAGACUUUCCGGCUUAAAGAUGGCAGAGCGCGGUUACAGCUUCUCGCUGACUACAUUCAGCCCAUCUGGUAAACUUGUCCAGAUUGAGUAUGCUUUGGCUGCUGUAGCUGGAGGGGCUCCUUCAGUGGGAAUUAAAGCUGCAAAUGGUGUAGUGUUAGCAACUGAGAAAAAGCAGAAGUCCAUCCUGUACGAUGAAAGGAGUGUACACAAAGUGGAGCCGAUCACCAAGCACAUCGGCUUGGUGUACAGUGGCAUGGGCCCAGAUUACAGAGUGCUUGUGCACAGAGCUCGGAAACUUGCUCAGCAAUACUAUCUUGUUUACCAAGAGCCCAUUCCCACAGCCCAGCUGGUACAGAGAGUAGCAUCUGUGAUGCAGGAGUAUACCCAGUCGGGUGGUGUUCGUCCGUUUGGUGUUUCUUUACUUAUUUGUGGGUGGAAUGAGGGACGACCGUAUUUAUUUCAGUCAGAUCCAUCUGGAGCUUACUUUGCCUGGAAGGCCACAGCAAUGGGAAAGAACUACGUGAAUGGGAAAACCUUCCUUGAGAAAAGAUAUAACGAGGACCUGGAACUGGAAGAUGCCAUUCAUACAGCCAUCUUAACCCUGAAGGAAAGUUUUGAAGGGCAAAUGACAGAAGAUAACAUAGAAGUUGGGAUCUGCAAUGAAGCUGGCUUUAGGAGGCUUACCCCAACUGAAGUGAGGGAUUACUUAGCUGCCAUAGCAUGAAGAAGAUGCCUGGACAAUCCAGAUCUCACAGCCCAUCUACUUACACAUGUUUAAAGUAUGUUUUGUUUGUGCAGACUUAUUUCUACAUGGUUUAAUGGAUUCACAUUUUUAAGAUAAUAGUCAUAAUAAACUGUUAAAAUCAA